AUGGCAAAGAUAGUCCUCACUUUUUUUCUUCCGGUGUUGCUGCUAUGUGCAGGAGUGCAAUGUGACGUGACUUUCAAUUUCGAAAACCUGUGCACAUACCCAGUGUGGCGUGCCUCCAACCCGAGCAUCGGAGACUUGGAGCCACAAAUUGGAACAGACGUGUUUGAGAUAUUCAACAUGGACGAUCACUACAGCGGUUCAAUUUGGUUGCGAACAGCGUGCACAACCAACGCCUCCAAUUACUUUUCCUGCGAAACCGGUGACUGUGGAAACGGGAUCAUGGAGUGUGCAGACCUGAAUCCUGCAUUCCCUGUAACCCUUCUGAAUUUUCGUGUUGACAACCCUGUGGUGUCGUACCAAGUGAGCUUGGUUCAUGGCCAAAAUAUCUUGGUUCGAAUAAAACCUAACGGUGGAACUCUUGUGGAUGGAUCAGGACCCUGCCCCAUGGUGGAUUGCAACAAAGAGCUUUCAAGUGUGUGCCCUUUCUCUUUGAUUGCUUUCAACAAGGGUGGACAAUAUGUGGGUUGUAAUAGUCCUUGCGAUGGGUUGAAGGAUCCCAAGUAUUGUUGUGAUGGUCAUGGUUGCCAAUCAGAUGAGAUAUCUCUCAAGUACAAGGGGCUUUGUCCUCUUGCUCACACUUACCCUGGUGAUAAUAAUCCUCCCUUUUAUCAGUGCAAAGGGGCUGAAAGCUAUGACAUAACCUUUUGUCCUGCCCUUUAG